GAGAAAAGUGGCCGCUGCCAUUUGAUUUCUUCCCUCUCUCUCUCUUUCCAUGAGGAGGAACUCGGAUCCCAGGGAGGUAAUGCGUUAGGGUUAGGGCGUAGAGCUUCCCCCUUUCGGAAAGCAGGCGGGAGCCGUCCGUUAGGUGCUUCUCAGCCGCCGGAUUCUUUUCCAGAAACGGAAAUUCCGGCAGAUAUGCGAUUUUCUUUUGGACGAAUAUAGAUUUCUUUUCGUUGUUUAGACCUGUCGCAACACAUUCUUCGCUUAGAGACACCUUCUCUGGAAAUGGCGGGUCCUACUUCGAUGAUUGUGGCUUCUUCUUCUUCUUGGUCGUCGUUUUCUUCUUCUUCUUUUUGUUUUUGGUCGUCUUCUUCUGAUGAUGGUUUCUGGUCGGUUGGAGGAUGAUGAUCCGGUGCUAGGGUUUGGUGCUCGUUGUUUUGGGGUAAUUGGACUGGGUUGGUUGUGUAGUCUUCUUCAUUUUCUUUCGAUCGCGAAAUGGAAAAAACUAAGGCGGUCUGUGACCACUGCAACCAUAACGGGGCCGUCGUCUUCUGCCGCGCCGACUCCGCGAAGCUCUGCCUGCCCUGCGAUCGGCAAGUCCACUUGGCGAACGCGUUGGCGAGAAAGCACUCGAGGUCGCAGCUCUGCGAUAACUGCAGUUCGCAGCCGGCGUCCAUGAGAUGCGCUACGGACGGCUUGGUUCUCUGCCAGGACUGUGAUUGGGAUGCUCACGGGAGCUGCCCGGCGUCUGUUCAGCAUGUCCGGCAGCCGGUGGAGGGCUUCUCGGACUGCCCGUCGGCCGGGGAUCUUGCUUCCGGUUUGGGGUUCGAUCUCUCGGAAAAGUCCCUCAUGUCCCUCUUAGAGGCUUCCCCCGUUGGACAGGGAGAUGUUGAUUGGUUCCGCGCCAAUUUGGUUGGGAACGCUGAUAAUCUGUUCGAUUUCCUUGGUCUGCAGGAUCUGGUCGUCCCUUCCGGCGAAUUAGGUUCGCUUCCGAAGGAUCAGAAUCUCAGCUGCGGGAAGCGGAAACAACUGAUGUUUUGCCAACUUGUCGAACUGCUCAAGAGUGAGAUGGUGGAAAAAGAUUGUGAAUCUUUCGUAGAUUUGGGGCAGUCAGCACUUGGUGAGAGUGCCCCAACAGGAAAUUUUCAGGUGCCAGAUUCUCGCUACGCGCACAUGGAAGAGUACUUGGUUGAUGCGGAUCAGCAGGCGCCUUAUAUGGCUGCAACGAUGUUGCCUGCUGAAGGUCGUGACUUCGGAACAGAAAUUCUUUGGGAUGGUGGUCCUUCAGAUCAAUCUAAUCAGGUUCAUAUUUGGGGUGUCCAGAAUAGUAGAUGCAGGGAUCAUGGGCAGUGCGAAACAACAGAAACCGGAUAUGGUCCUCAUGAACCGAAUUUGAGGAUCAAGAACUUUGAUGAACCAGUGACAGAAACAUCUGCUACAUCAAAUUUCCUGGAUGACAUGUGUAGCUUAAAUUUUCGUUCUAUAGACGAUGUUUUCUCCUCUGAUAUUCAACAGCAGGCGAAUCUGAUUGGCUUUGGCAUGGAAUGGCAACCUCCAGCAAAUGGCAAACAGAAUCGGCAACAGUCUGAGAGUUGCCUUCGACCUUGUAUAGGAUCUUCUGAUACCACUUUUACCCAAGCAAGUCCAAGCCGUAAUAUUUCCAAAGAAGGCUGCGCUGAGCAGGCCAUCAUUGGCGGUGGUGGAUUCUUGAAAACAAUGUCUAAAGUUGACAUGGAGCAAUUGGCUCAGAAUAGGGGUAACGCCAUGUUACGUUACAAGGAAAAGAAAAAGACAAGAAGAUAUGAAAAGCACAUUAGAUAUGAAUCACGGAAGGCAAGGGCAGAUACACGUAAACGUGUAAGGGGGCGUUUCGUGAAGGCAAAUGAGGUCAUGGAUGCCUUUCAGAGGGGCCUUUGAAUCUGGUUUGUGCCUAGUGGUGCUUUUCAGGGAGCCUUUGAAGCUGGCCGUGCGGCUUAAUUUUGUGCCUUUGGAGGCCUGUCAUUGACUACUGGUGCGGACGUUUUUGGGGUAGCCCAUCUUUGAUAGCUUCCUGAAUCUCUUCUCCCAGUUCUUCCCUAGCUUGAAAGAGGAACCAGGUAGCAAAUAAGUGCUUUUCCUGAAUCUUAGAGAGCAGUUAUUCAUGCUUAUCUUCCCAGGUCCUGUUGUUAUGCUUUCUGUUGUAUAGUGGCCUGAAAGCAACAAAGGAAUAAACUCUCUUUUGUAGUCUUACAGCUUGUCAUAGAGUUUGAAGUUUCGUCGAGUGUGAAUUAAAGGGUUUGCUGUAAUGGGUCAGCGGCGUGUCUGUGAAAUGAACGGUAUGAUUUUCA